CUUCGUAAGUGAGCCAGGAUAAGAGGAAGACGAGGGUUGCUGGAACCCAGCCUUGGAUAAGGUCCAGACUUAAGCUUCGCCUCGGGGGGCGGGCGUGCGUUUCUAGCUCAGCCUAGCUUAAAUGUCUCGGCAGUCGGGAUGGAUGCAUCAUCCCCCACCGCCUAAUACCAGAACUUGGAACUCUCCCGAUGCCUCCUCGCGUUCCAUGGCAUCCCUGCCUUGUCUGGAAGAGGGUGAGAUCGCCCUCCUGGCUCUCGCUGCCGAUGACCCGCGAGAUGUCAUGUCUUUUGCCGAUAAGGAGGCUUUGAUACUUCAGCUCUACAACCAGACCCAAGAGCAGGAGCUCGAGAAGGCGAUCCUUGAACAAGAACCGGAACAGUUUUCCGGAGAGAAUGUCGAGGAGCAACUCGCGAUCGCAGAGCGCGAACUCCUAGAGGCGCGAGCUACAUACACUGUCAGGAAGAAGGCCAUCACAACUACUCUAAUGGCUGACCCUACUCUCAAGACCGUGUAUUUGAGAGCUACAUCACCCGCAGAGAGAUCUCUCCUCCGUCUCAUUAAUCGCCGAGACGUACUAUCUCUCGUUCAUGAAAAUCUCGCCUCUGCACACAGUUCGACUCUCAAGACACUAUCUGAUCGUGAGACAGAGAAUCUUGCAAUUAAUGAGAAGAAUAAGAAGUUGGUCCGUGAGCUGCUAGGGCUUGUUGAUCGUGAUCCGUCGUGGAAAGAGGACAUCGAUGACGAGGUCCUCAGGGCACAGUUGAGCGAGCUGGAAGCUGAAUACAAGAAGAGAAAAGCAAAAUGGGAAACUAUGAAGAGCAUUGCAAGCGCUGUCAUCGUUGCUAGUGGAGUGGACUGGGCAGAAGAUGAUACACUCCGAGCCCUUGUUCUGGACGAUUCGGAUGACUGAGAUCUGUCAUUCUUGUUUGAUCAGGUCCUGCUUCCUCACAAAUGACUACCAUGAUAGAAGUGCUGAAAUCACUGCGAAGACAGACAUCAUGAUCAAAGAGACCUGGAAGAUACAGCUUUGAAAAGCCGUGAUCCUAUGACAUUCCAUAGCCUGCGCAGUUAUGAUUUACAAUGCUGCUUUCCGAUUGGUUCAUAUAAUUCCAGGAGGGUAUGGCGUCGCAUUAUACUAGUCGACGACUGAGUUUCAAGUGGUCUGUAUAUAGCAAAUCAGAAGGCAACCCAUGUAUUUGUAAAUCUCCAAGAUUUGCUCAAUAACAAACAGAAUUGUCCCAUUCUUC